AUGGCGCCUCUUUAUGAUGAAGGCCACUCUUACUCAGAAGCCCACAAUUACAAUGAAAUCCUAAGCCCCCAGCCCUUCGUCCCCCCCAGCAAAGAGCAUCUACUUGCCACGUUCGAGUCGUCCCACGUUCCAUCGAGCGAUAACGGAUCAGCCACAGAUGACAGUCAGCUGGCCGCUCGAGAUUAUGAAUACAACUCUUCAGUAUCUUCCACUCGACAUUCAUCUAGCGAUAUAUUCGGCCGGGAAAUUGACGUGGAACUCGAGCACAUGAACUCACGCACAUCGAGCCGCUCGUCCUUCUCCUCAAUGCCAGCAUCCGUCCUCAUACACCCUAUCAGUGGAGUCAAAUCAAUGCCACCGAUGGACCUACAUGAAAAGAUGGUUGGAUACACAAUUGAAGAAUCGGAAGCCAGCUUCGGUGAUUUCGACGACCCACCCAGAACAAUGCGUCCUAUUCGACCUCGGGAAGCAGCAUUCCGAAAGCCAAGCUCAGUUAGAGCUAUGCAGAUGCAUACCGAGGAUGAAGGAAUUCGAUCACCGGGAUCAUCGGGAUUGAAACGGUCACCAUACUAUUCACCGAAUACUUCGUCCAACAAACCCAAAGCCAAGAAAGAGUAUCCACUUGUUCUAUUACACUGCAACCUUCUCGCACCUUCACUCCCCGUGCCCGGUGCCUCCGAACCUCAGAAUCAAGAAAUCGUCGAAGAAGUCUUACCCACUCAAUACUGGAAGCGCUGGCGCAGAUUACAAGAGAAAGCCGGCUCAGGCGUCCUCCGAGACCGAGGUGUGCUGAUCUCUCAUCCAGAAGACUUAUACGAUAUGCUUGAGGAACGAUUACUGGAAAGUCUAGAACUACAGCGCGCAAGAGUUCACCAAGGCCAUUUCCUCGGCCACGAAGAAGCUGGCUCAGGAUCCGAAGGCGAGCUUUCUGAUAAUGAUGAAAGCGAGACAGAUGGUGAGCAGGGUGAAGAAUGUCUUGACUGUGGUGGACGGGUACUCCGAACUAGUGAUACCAAUCGCAAAUGGGAGAUCCGGGUAUUCGCAGCCAAUGGUCUGAUGCGAGCGGGUGCAUGGGCUGCCGCGUGGAAGGAGAUGGAGAAGGUGGAUGUCGAGGUUGGACUUUGGUUACCAUCUGAUGUGCGAAGGGCACUUGAGAAGCGCAUGGCCGAAGCACGGUUGGCUGCACCGAGGCAAGAGAUGCAGCUCAUCCCCAUGCCAGUUCCCGAGCCUCCGGUAACACAAAAGAUUGAGUCUCGGCGUCAAUCUGUUCAGGAAUCUACCAGGUUGUUUAGUGGCGUGAGCGCCACGGCGGCUCCUCUUCCUGCGUUAAUGCCUGCACCGCCUGCACCACCUGCAUCACUUGCACUAUUCCCGGAUGUUAGGCGCCAGGAGCCGGAACAUCAAAUUGCACUCGGGACAUUGAUGAUCAAUUACAUCCGUGUUUUGGCUAGCGAUAAGCGUAACAUUGCGCUGGUUGCUAUGUCAGUCUUGGUUGGGUUUCUCGCUACAAGAGCCCAGCCUCACGAGCAGCUUCAGCCUAUUGCACAGUAUUUCUUCAAUGGCAUGGAAGCACCAUUCAUGACUGGGCGCUCGAAUGUGGUUGGCCCGAGCGUCCCUAUUGCGCCGGCAAACGUUCAUUCUUCGGUUAUCGACAUCGUGCCCAGUGUAACAAGUGUGGCUCCUAUUGCCACGGAAAGUGCCAUUCCAGCUCCAGAGGUGAUUCAGUCUUCUUUCAUUGAAGAAGUUUCUGAGCAUGUGCAGCUUGCGGAGUCCAUUACGGAAGUUGGUGCGGUCGAGAAGAUGCAGCAAUAUAUUCCAUCCGCUGAUGUCAGCUUUCAUAAACCCCUGUCCGAAAAUACUAUACAAUCCGAGCCUCAAGUGGUGGAAGAUUCUCAAGAGGGGCUGCAAACCCCAACAGAUCAAGCCAUUGAUGAGAUCAACACCCCUAUCUAUGCUGAGGCUGCCAGAGCUGUCGAGGAGUUUGCUGAGGACGCCAUUGAGGAGCCCACUGGUGCUCCUGUUGAGACUCAGAUUGAACAGCCGAUCGAAGAGUUUAUUGAAGCCCCAAUCGAGACAGCCGUUGAGGAGACCACUGAUACAUUCGUUGAGCCGUCUCUUGAUCAGCCAGCUGAAGAGGUUAUUGAAGAGUCAAUUGUGACUGAGGAGACUAGUGAAGAACCAACUGAGGAGCUCAUUGAGACAGCUGUUGAGCAAACCGAUGAGGAACCCAUGGAGGAGCCUACCGUGGUUCCAAUUCAGGCAUCUAUUCAAGAGCCCGCUGAGACAGCUGUAGAGGAGCCAAUUAAGGAGCCUACCGAAGAGCCUAUCGAGGAACCCAGCAAGGAGGUUAUUGAGGAGCCUGUCGAUGAGCCCAGUGAAGAACCAACUGAGGAACCUGUGGGGACAGCUGUUGAGGAAACCAAUGAGGAGCCUGAUGAGGAGCCCAAUGAGGAUCUUAUUGGGGAGCCUAUUGAUGAGGCUAGUGAGGAUCUAACUGAGGAUCCCAUUGAGACAGCUUUUGUGGAAACCGAUGAGGAACCUAUCGAGGAGUCUACCGAUCCGAUUCAGGCAUCGAUUAAAGAGUCCGAUGAGACAUCGCUUGAGGAACUCUCUGGGGAGCAUAUCGAGGAAUCAGUUGAUCUGAAUUGA